CGUGAAAGUCAUUUUGAGAGAAUAAUUGUUCACAUUUUAAAUCAAACAUAAUAGAAAAAUAGGUGUACAUAAAAAAGCUCACAGUUAUGAAUAGCUACACUACAGAGUGUAAUGAUGAUGGCUAUAUUAAAAAUCGAAAAUCAAAGGACAAGCCACCGCUAUGGGACACUUUUCAGGAUCCCCCAUCAAGAAGGGCGACGGGAUCGGCAGCGAGUUGGGCGAAGUUAGGAUGUCUUUUGAAGUUUUUUAAGUUGCUAACAUAUGUGUUUGUCUUUGUUGUGGUUCUUGGAACUGCCGUAACGUCUAAGUUAUCAUUGCUAAUGAUGGUAGCGCAAGUUCGUGCCAAUGCUCAUGUGAAGAUUUGCAACACUAUGGAUGAAAAUGGUUUGUUUACAGCAUCUUUGCCCAAGGAGGAGCAGUAUGCAUGGCUUUGGGCUCUGAUCUUUGCAUUUUCGGCCCCUGAGGUGUUUACAUUUUUUCGAGCUCUGCGAAUUUGCACUUUCAAAGACGUAAAAUCUCCCACUUGGACGGAGGUUAUGCUGGUUAUAUUAUUUGAUGUUUUACACACGAUCGGUUUGGCUAUUUUACUCUUUUUCGUAAUGCCUCAACUGGAUUCAGUCCGCGCAUUAAUGCUUUGUAAUGGAGUUUGUUUCAUACCAAGCAUAUUAAACCUCGGAUUCGAACAUCAUUUCACUUGGAGAUCUGUUUGUCAAUUAAUAAUAAACGUUUUGGCAUGUGUUGCUCAACUGAGUGCCUUUUUGGUGUGGCCAGUAUUUGCAACAAACUUGAGGUUACAAAUAAUCGCCCUUCCACUAAUACUUGUUUCGAUGCGUUGGUGGGAAAAUUACAUCACUUCAUAUAAUUUCGUUGCGCAAAUAUUGCAAACGGUUCGUCGUAGUCGUUCUAGAUAUCAGACAUAUCUUUAUCUUUCGCCAGCGAAAAUUAUUGUCUUCGCUUUGCUUGGAUUUUAUCUUCAUGGACAACCUCUAACCGAAUACUUCUCUUGUUUCAUGGAAGCAUGGCAGUCGCAUGAUAUAUUGGUGUAUCGAAAUACGGUAAAGAAUGAAUCGAUCUUUGCUGUACGUAGUCCGAAUUAUUCAUCACGAAUUUUUAAAAUAUCAACCAAUGCUAAUACAGUUAUUUACGUUUUAUUAUUACAAAUAUGUUCGUCAUAUUUAUGUUACAUAUUUGCGAAAUUUGCUUGUAAAAUAAAAAUACAAGAAUUUAGUUUUUCUCUGCCAUUGAACCUGGUGGGGCCUGCUUCUGUUGCCGUUGCUAUAUGGCUGACAACUCUACAAGGGGCCAAUGUUUGUGCUUUUCAUGCAUUUGUUCCUGAUUAUAUGGGGCUAAUAUUAAGUGACCAUAAUAACUUAUUCGACACACUUAUCUCAGAUAAGCUUUGGUUGUGGCCCUUAUGGUGGCUAUCUCAACUUUGGAUAACUCGACAUAUUUGGCGGCCACGAAAUGAAAAGAAUGCACCGACAGAAAAACUGUUUAUAUGCCCGUGGUAUUGCGAAUUUUUGGUGGAUCAAUGUAUAUCAAUGAAUAGGCGAAUAAUAGAUUUCAAUGAUGAGUACGUCACGAGAAAGGUGGACUCAACGCAGUCCAAUGUGCCGACAUAUAUAAAAGAAAGCGACAAAAUACCACAGUUGAUUGUGUGUGCAACAAUGUGGCAUGAGAAUCAAGAAGAGAUGAUGGAGUUCCUAAAAUCAAUUGUGCGACUGGAUGAAGAUCAAUGUGCACGGCGUAUGGCGAAACUUCACAUCAAUGGUGGCAAGUCCGAUAAUGAAUACUAUGAGCUUGAGACCAAUAUAUUUUUCGAUGACGCGUUUGUGCUGGAUGAAAAGCUGUGCGAGAAUUCUCGAAAUCCCCCAAUGAAUGAAUAUGUAAAAACUUUAAUUGUCAGCAUAGAGAAGGCAUGCUUCGAAGUAUAUGGGGUCAACAUGAAGAUCAAGUCUCCAGUAAAAACCGAAACACCUUAUGGUGGUCGCCUCGUAUGGACAUUACCAGGUCGAUCAAAAAUGAUAGCUCAUCUAAAGAAUAAAGAUAAAAUAAGACAUAAAAAGCGUUGGUCUCAGGUCAUGUACAUGUACUAUUUACUUGGUUUCCGCAUUAUGGAAAUUGAAGAUGUAUCGGCACGACGCAAAGCGGUUAUUGCUGAAAACACAUUUCUUUUGGCAUUGGAUGGCGAUAUUGAUUUUCAGCCUCAAGCCGUACAUCUUUUGAUUGAUCGCAUGAAGGCCAUAGACGAAUUGGGCGCUGCUUGUGGCCGUAUUCAUCCAGUCGGUCGUGGACCUAUGGUCUGGUAUCAAAUCUUUGAAUAUGCGAUAGGUCAUUGGCUGCAAAAAGCUACGGAGCACGUAAUUGGUUGUGUGCUCUGCAGUCCCGGUUGUUUUAGUUUAUUUCGUGGUAGUGCACUAAUGGAAAAUAGUGUAAUGAAAAAAUAUACUACGGUAUCGAGUGAGCCCAUGCAUUAUGUGCAGUACGAUCAAGGAGAAGAUCGUUGGUUAUGUACAUUGAUUUUAAAGCAGGGCUUACGAGUAGAAUAUUCAGCUGCAUCGGACGCAUAUACUCAUUCACCCGAGAUGUUCAAUGAAUUCUAUAAUCAACGACGACGCUGGGUUCCCUCCACAAUUGCGAACAUUUUUGAUUUACUUUCCGAUGCGGACAUGGUCGUGAAGAAUAACAGUUCCAUUUCAACGCCCUACAUUGUUUAUCAGGCUAUGCUAAUGGUUGGCACAAUUUUGGGUCCAGGCACUAUAUUCUUGAUGAUGGUGGGUGCUUUGGUAGCUGUUUUCAACACAAGUAUUUGGAGCUCAUUCUUGUGGAACUUCGUUCCUGUGUUUUGCUUCAUUCUGUCGUGCAUUUAUUUAAAACAAAAAUUUCAGCUUUUGCUUGCCUUUGUAAUAAGUUCCUUGUAUUGCUUGGUGAUGAUGGCUGUAUUGAUUGGCAUAAUUAUACAGAUGAUAGACGAUGGACCUCUGGCACCGGCCUCUUUAUUCUUCCUUCUGGUUUUUAUGCAAAUUUUCAUCGCUGGCGUAGUGCAUCCCCAAGAAGUCGGCGCUUUAAUAUGCGGUUUCAUCUACUACAUCACCAUUCCAUCUAUGUACAUGCUCCUUCUUAUCUACUCAGUCUUUAAUAUGAAUGAUGUUUCAUGGGGCACAAGAGAAGUGACAGUAAAAAAGGAUGACGAUAUUGGUCUAGUACCUGGUGAUGAUGUUGAAGAUGGCAGUCGAGAGUAUUUACCUGGUUGGGUCAAUGAUCCCUUAUUAGUUGAUUCAGAAUUGGGAGAGAUAUCGCUUAGAGAAAAACGUUUUUGGAAAGAUUUAAUUAAGCUUUAUUUGCGUCCACUGUUUCAUACGAAGGACAAAAAGUCCGAGAUUGCGGAAAGUUUGCGAGAAUUACGUAACAUGUUUGCUUUUGCUUUUAUAAUGAUAAAUUCAAUAUUUGUUCUAAUUGUCUUCUUGCUCCAAUUGAAAAAAGAUUAUUUACAUUUGGAAUGGCCAAUUGAUCCCACUGAUUAUAUUACAUACGACGAUACAAAUUCUCAGAUUUACAUAUACCGACGUCAUAAGGAAUUAGAUCCAAUCGGAUUAUGUUUUGUGAUUUUCUUCGGAUUGAUUUUGGUUAUACAAUUUAUUGCAAUGUUUUUUCAUCGUUUUGCUACCGUUUCACAACUUUUAGCUACCACUCAGUUAGAUUGGUUUCGAGCACCAAGUACCAUUACAGAUGAAGAUGCGGCACAAGAAAUACGCGGAAAUGCCGUUAAUAUCGCUCGCCAGCUACAACGGCCGAGACGAUUCGAUGAUGAUGAUGAGGAUUCGUCAGAUGGCGAAGACAAUUUAAAUGGCGACGACAGCCACGACAAAAGCAAUAGCAUGGUUCGUCGGCAUACAAUCUUUAAGUUGCACGAAAGUCGGAAUAAAACACAACCAGAUUAUAGUGAUUUGCCACGAAACUUUGAACGACGGUUUCUUGGUGAAGACGAGUUAAAGGUUAAACACAUUUCGAUGAGUAGAAAAUCACAGAUUAUGUUAAACGAAAAACGUUCUGUGGCAAAACGACGUCUAACAGAGCAAGUGAAGCGUAAUACUGACUUUAACAAAAACCCUUUGCCCUUUGUACAGACGGGUUAUAUAAAUGCAGCUUUUGAUCCGCCUCUUGAUAUAAUACCUAACAACAUGAACGGAGAUUGGUCGAUUUCUUAAAGUAUUACAUAUUUAUUGAAGUUCUUCGUGUUUACAAAUGACGACUUGAAAAUGAAAUUGUGACAAUAAAAUUGGUAAAAUAUAUAAACAUAUUUCGUAAA